AUGGAGGAAGCAAAGACCGGCCUCGUCCUGGGCUACAACGGCGCCCACCCCUUCUCCAAAGUGAAGCUCACAGACAGGGCAUCCGUCCAAGAGCUCCUCCGGACCCUCCUCGACCCCCUUGAGCCCUUCUUCUCUCCCCUCAAGGCGCGCGUCAAAGUCCCCGGCGCCACAGCCGUCCGUUUCGACCAAGCCGCCUCCGAGGUCGAGGGCAUCCUUCGUCCCAUCUGGGGCCUCGCCGCCCUCCUAGCCGGCGGUGGAGAGUACCGCGGCACCGAAUGGUGGAUCCAGGGCAUCAAGUCCGGCACCGACCCCGAGAACCCAGAGUACUGGGGCUUUCCCCGUGAUAAUGACCAGCGCAUGGUUGAAAUGUGCCCCUUUGGGUUUACGCUUGCUGUUGCGCCCACCAUCUGGGAAGGUCUAUCUGAGAAGGAACGCGUAAACGUCGAGAACUGGCUCGGCAACUCGAUCAACGAGAAGAACAUGCCCAACACAAACUGGCUCUGGUUCCGCGUCUUUGCCAACCUAGGCCUCAAAAAGAACGGCGCCAAGUUCUCGCAGGCGCGCCUCGACGCCGACAUCAAGCACCUCGACACCUUUUACCGCAGCGGCGGCUGGUCCAACGACGGGCCCGAGGGCAUCCACCAGAUGGACUACUACUCCUCCAGCUUCGCCAUCCAGCUCCUCCAGCUCCUCUACGCAAAGAUCGCCGGCGACGACGAGCCCGAACGCGCCGCCGAGUUCCGCGAGCGCGCCCGCCUCGUCGCCCUCGACCUCGUGCACUACUUUGACGAAACGGGGCGCGCCAUCCCCUUUGGCCGCAGCGUCGGCUACCGCUUCGCCAUGGUCUCCUUCUGGGGCGCCCUCGCCUACGCCGGCGUCGAGCUGCCCGAACCCCUGACCUGGGGCAUGGUGAAAGGCAUCGUGAUGCGUCACCUGCGCUGGUGGCAGACGCAGCACGACAUAUGGAGCCCGAGUGGCACGUUGACUAUUGGGUACUCGUACCCGAACAUGUACAUGGCCGAGAAUUAUAACAGCCCCGGAAGCCCUUACUGGGCCUGCCUCGCCUUCAUCUGCCUCGCAGUCCCCGAAGACCACCCCUUCUGGACGUCAGAGGAAGAACAGACCUGGGACGUGCUCCCCAAGACAAAGGCCCUGGAGCAGCCGGGUCACAUCAUGAGCAACAUCGGCGGCCACUGCAUGCUCCUCUCCUCCGGCCAGGCCUGCAGCUACCCGAUGAAGGGCACCCACGCCAAAUACGGCGCCUUCGCCUACUCAAGCGCCUACGGGUACUCCGUGCCGCCCGGUCUCUUCUCCCUCGAGCAGUACGCCCUGGCCUCGCAGCUGGGCCUGUCAGACGAUGGCGGCGAGUACUGGAAGACGCGGCGGCUCUCGCAGUACGCUGGUAUCGAGUCCAGGGACGGCGGACCGGUGCUCGUCUCCGUGUGGAAACCUUUCGCGGACAUCGAGAUCAAGACGAUCCUCGUGCCCCCCGCCGAGUCCACGCCCAACUGGCACCUGCGAAUCCACCACAUCAAAGCCGGCCGGGAGGUCAUGACAGCCGACGGGUCCUUUGCCAUUGCCAACGAGAACUCGACCAACGGCCGCUCCCUCGACCUCUACGAUGCGGAAAAGGGCGAAGGCACAUCGCCAAAGAUUAUCGGAAACUACGACACGAAUACGCCCGAGGGACUCACGAGAGGCAAAGACGGCUCCUUUGCGGUGUCCAAGGGCGCCGUGGGCAUCAAGGCCCUGGAAGGUGCCCAGAUCGAGCGGACUGCGAACCUCGUCAACGCCGACCCCAACUCCAACCUCGUCGAGAGCCGCACGACUAUCCCGACGCUCCAGCACACGAUCAAAAAGGGCGAGGUGGUCUGGUACGUGACGGGCAUCUAUGCCAAGCCGAGCGGCGAGGGCGUUGCCAGGCAGAGCUACCUCGAAGGCUGGGAGCGGCCACCUGCGAUCCCAGCGUGGCUUGAGGAGGAGAUGAGUAAGUCCUGA